AUGAUAGAAGGGGCUUUUCCACACAGGAUGGCAGGACUGAUGGAAAACUCAGCUCAGGACUACAGGCUGUUGACCACAGACCCCUCCCAGCUGAAUAAAGAUGAGCUCCCCAGUGACCUCCAGUCUCUGUCCUGGCUGACUUCAGUGGACGUUCCCCGGCUACAGCAGCUCGGCCCGGGACGACCCGACUUCAACGUCUCCGCUCAGAACAGCCUGCUGGAGCAGCAGACAGCCCAGAUGAAUAAUAUGACGGUAGCAGGAGGAGCAGCUUCCAUGAUCCAUCUGCAGAGCAACAUGCAGCACAGCCCGCUGGGAAUGAACAGCGUAAGUAACACCCAGCGACCUGACGGAUAUCGAACAUGCUUUUAAAGGAACACUCUAUUCUCUCCUGGGUUCCCUUGUCCUGCCUCCGUUUACCAGGCCUCCUCUCAGCAGGUGCUGACCUUUUCCCAGGCCAACCAGCAGUGUUCCCCUGGAGGACUGUACGGUGGUUAUAACAGCCAGGGCCUGUUCCCCCAGCAGCGCAUCCCUCCACACAGCCAAGACCUGCAACCCAAAUCCUUCCCCAAACCCAUUUACUCCUACAGUUGCCUGAUUGCUAUGGCUCUGAAGAACAGUAAGACAGGCAGCCUCCCAGUCAGUGAAAUCUACAGCUUCAUGAAAGAGCACUUUCCAUACUUUAAGACAGCACCAGACGGCUGGAAGAACUCAGUGCGACACAAUCUGUCUCUAAAUAAAUGCUUUGAAAAAGUGGAGAACAAGAUGAGCGGCUCAUCACGGAAGGGCUGCCUGUGGGCGCUGAACCCCGCCAAGAUCGACAAGAUGGAGGAGGAGAUGCAGAAAUGGAAACGCAAAGAUCUGCCGGCCAUCCGCCGCAGCAUGGCCAAUCCAGACGAACUGGACAAGCUGAUCACAGACCGGCCGGAGAGCUGUCGGCGAAAACCGCUGGACCCCGGAAUGACCCACUUACCCAGCUGUCCUCCGGGGGCUGCUCUGUCCGUUCCAGCGCAGCCUCAGCUUCAGCCACAGCCGGUGGUGACGCUGUCCCUACCGUGCCUGCCCAUUCACCAGCAGCUCCAGCUGCAUCUCCACAGUCAGUCCCGACUGGCCCCAGCGUCUCCAGCCCCGGCCCAGACUCCUCCACUCCACACGGUACCGGACCUCGCCAACAGCAGCCCCCUGCACCAGCACCCGCCGGCCAAACAACAGCCCCCUGACGUCUACACCGUCCACAGUGAUGCCCACUCGGAGGUGGACACGCUGGACCCAAGCAUCAUGGAUUUCGCUUUGCAAGGAAACUUGUGGGAAGAGAUGAAGGACGACAGCUUUAACCUGGAUGCUCUAGGAACGUUCAGUAACUCUCCUCUCCGUUUGUCUGACUGCGACCUGGAGGCGGUGAACCUGACGCCAGUGUCCAGUGCAGCGGGACUGCCCUACUCAGACCUGCAGGUGACCAGCGUGUACACCUCCUACAGCACACUGGACGGCCUCUCAAACCAGUACAUCAGCGCACAGGGCACCAGCAAACCCAUCAUCCUGCAUUAAAACACCUACUGAACAGGAAA